CCUGUUCUCCCCAAGAUGGAGGGCGUCACAGAGUUCACAGAGUACAUCUCUGAGACGGUUGACGUCCCUUCACCUUUUGACCUGCUGGAGCCACCUACCUCCGGAGGUUUCUUGAAACUGUCCAAGCCAUGUUGCUACAUCUUUCCCGGCGGACGAGGAGACUCUGCUCUCUUUGCUGUGAAUGGCUUCAACAUCCUUGUGGAUGGAGGCUCUGAACGUAAAUCCUGCUUCUGGAAGCUGGUCCGUCACCUGGACCGCAUCGACUCGAUUCUACUCACACACAUUGGCGCUGACAAUCUCCCAGGCAUCAAUGGGCUUCUUCAGAGGAAGAUAGCAGAACAGGAGGAGGAGCAGUCUCAAGGCUCCAUCAACUACAGCGACUGGAUGAAGAACCUGAUCUCUCCAGAACUAGGUGUGGUGUUCUUCAACGUACCAGAGAAGCUGCGUAUGCCGGAAUCUAACCUCAAAGUGAAACGCAGCAUCGAAGAGGCCUCACUCACUUUGCAGCACCUUAACAAACUUGGAAUCAAACCGGAGCCACUGUUUCGAGUGGUCAGCAACACUAUCGAGCCCAUUACUCUGUUCCACAAGAUGGGAGUGGGCAGGUUAGACAUGUAUAUUCUCAACCCGGUCAAAGACAGUAAAGAGAUGCAAUUUUUAAUGCAAAAGUGGGCUGGCAACAGCAAGGCCAAAACUGGUAUUGUGCUGCCCAAUGGCAAAGAAGGAGAAAUAUCUGUGCCCUACCUGACAUCGGUUACAGCCUUAGUUGUCUGGCUUCCCGCCAACCCUGCAGAAAAGAUCGUCAGAGUGUUGUUCCCUGGGAAUGCACCACAAAACAAGAUCCUGGAAGGGCUAGAGAAAUUAAAGCACCUUGACUUCUUGCGCUAUCCUGUAGCCACACAAAAGGACAUUGCUUCAGGGGCUCCUCCCUCAGUUGUAAAACAGACCAAGUUAAAACAAAGAACAGACAGCAAAGAGAGUCUUAAAUCCUCUCCGAAGACUACUGCAAAGGUCUCAAAGAAAGAACCUGAAGGACAAGACGACGUGUCAGCCACCACAGAGGCAAAGAGUGACUCUGUGAAGGAAAAUAUAUCAGAGAAAAAAGAGGAGAAAAAGCCUACCAAAACCAUGAAAUCUAAAUCAGACGUGCCCGAGAAAAAGAAACUCCUGAAAGAAAAAUCCAUUAAGAAGCACUCCAAGGAAAGGGUGUCAAAAAUGGAUGAGAAAAAAGACAAAGAAAAGAAAGAGAUCAAAAAAAUCAAGAAAGACGACUCUAAAAAAGAUGACAAGAAAGAUGCUAAAUCCAAAGAGGACAAAAAGAAGGACGCAUCCAAACCUGAGCUGAGAAAAAUCACGAAGCCUGACCUAAAACCACUUACACCCGAGGUCAGAAAGACAUUACAUAAAGCUAAAGUGUCAAGUAAAGCCAAGACUGGAAAAAUCAAGGCAGCAAAGGCUGCUGAACCGAAGCCAGAAGAGCCGAAACCAGAAAUUAUUCAACCUGAACCAAUACAAAAUGGAGCUGUUGAGGGCACAUCUGCUCCCUCCACACCUGAAGACCUCACCAAGGAAUUUGAAGAAAUUAAAAAAGCUGAAGCUGUAGAUGUAUCAGCAGAGGCAGACAGCAGUGAGGUUUCAUUGGAGCCAACAGCACAAAGUGAAGAGAAGGAGGGAGCAGAAGAAGCGAUAUCUGAAAUCCAACCUGAAACAAAGUCUCCUGAAAAAGAAGUAUUAGCCUCAGAAGUCAAAGAUGAAGAUGAAGCUGCAUAUGAAGACAAAGACAAGAAAUUGACACAAGAAGCAGAAAUAGAAGAGGCUCAAAAGUUUGAGGAUGAGGGAGCCGCAUCUCAGGAGGAAGAGGAGGAAGAAGAAGAACAGGCUCCAACUGCUGAAAGGAAAACACAAGAGGAAGAGGAGGAAGAUAUGGAGGAAGAAGAGGAGGCUAUGGAGAAAGCCGAACUGGAGGAGGUGGAGGACUUAGAUGUGAUAGCAGAUGAAGAGAUCAAAAUCAAACCUGAAGAUGCAGCUGAGGAACAAAUGGUCACUGAGGGCGCGACAGCUCCCAUAACCUCAGUGGCUCAAGGUGCCGCUGCUGCAGAACCUAUUUCCUACAUCCAAGAUGAGACAAUCCCCGGCUACUCUGAGACAGAGCAGACCAUCUCUGACGAGGAGAUUCACGAGGAGGCAGAGGAGCGGAUACCACACCUUCAAUACGACGUCGGCACCUACGACAUCUCUGUUCCAGAUCAGACAGAAACAUUUGUUAACAUUCACGGCAUGAGGGAGAUGCAAGCCGCAGCUAUGACAGAGAAAAGUUUUAUUCCUGGUGUGCAGGAGCAAGUAUCUGUGUUCACCAACAUCAUCACGGCUCCUCUGGCAGAAGAAGAGCAUGUGUCCUCUGCAACGUCCAUCACAGAGUAUGACAAAAUGUCCUCUUUCCCUACUUCUAUCGCUGAAGAUCAAUCUGUGGCGUCUGUCACCACUCCUCAGGCUGAGGAACCAGCCAAAAUCACUGUUCCCGUGUCAACGCCACCUGACGUUACCCUGGGCAAAGAACAACCUCUCUCUGCAGGAACGCUUUCACCACCCUCUUUAGAAGACGACAAGCAACCCAAGUCUCCAGCUGAUGACUUACAGCUUCCUAUUGCAGAGGUGAAGAUCGCUGGUAAGGGUGCUGAUGCUCAUGAGGAGGAGGAAGAAGAAGAAGAGGAGGAAGAAGACCAAACUCCUAAUGUUGACAUUUCACUUGAAAAACUCCAAGAGGGCUAUGCUUCAUUACAAAUAUUACAGACUAAAGAGAAAGACAUUGAAAAGCUUGCUGUAUCUCCUGUUUUAAAGUCUGUGGAAGAUAUCAAACCAGUCCACCUACCAGUUGAAGAGGAGAAUAUAGAUGCAGUUGCACCUAAAGAUAUUUCAUCAGUUGUGCCUACUAGACCUUUUGGAUCAGACUCAGUAACUUCAGAGAGUGAGGAGCGUUGCUAUAGUCCGGAUGAUAUCACUGUGAAAAUGGCCUCCCCUACACAGUCCGGACCCCCGAGUGCAACUCAUUCCCCACUUCGUCAGUCACCAGUGGAAGAGAAGAUGAAACCCUUCCCUGAUUUGGAGCUGCAAAAGCAAAAGGAGCUCCCUGACGUUGUCUCCACAACUGAAGAUAAAAUCACGAAGAAAGAUGAAGCAGAGACAGAGAAACCAAAAGAUGUUGACAAACAGAAAGCAGAUCAGCUUGAGGCAGAAGUUUCAACAUCUUUGGACAGAACAUUUGACAAGGACAUAAAAGAAAUCCCACUGAUAAAAGAGGCAGAAAAAGAAAUUUCUCCAGCACCAAAAGAUGAGGACAAACAGGCUGAAACCACAUCUGUUGUUGCUGCAUCUUUAACAGAAGUUCAGCCACCUGUGCUACCAACACCAGGAAAAAUGGACGAAGAGAAAGAGAAAGAACCUAAAGUGCCUGAAAUUAAAACCAUCAAAGCAGAACAGGAAAAAGAGACAGAAAAGGACGAUACCGUCGAUAUCAAACAAAUCAAGGAUGAGCAGAAACAGACAUCUAUCAUCCAGGAAGAUCUUUCUGCCGUUAAGUCCAUCACGGAUGAGAAAGCAGAGAAAGAGGCAGUAAUAGAUGACACCUCUGAUAUUAAACCUGUCAAAGAAGAGCAAAUUGCAAAGGAGACUGUCAGCAUUGAUAAAGCCAUUAAAGAUGAACAAAAAGACUUUAAAAUGGACGCCACUCCUGAUGUUAUAACUUCUAAAGAGGAAACUGUUGCUCCUGAGGACAAACAGAUCAAAGAUGAGCAAAAGGAAAAAGAUACAAAACGAGAUGACGAUUUUGACCUCAAAACCAAAGAUGACAUUAUGGAGAUGGAGGAUAAAAAGGAUGUUGUGUUUGAUAGUAAGAUUAUGAAAGAGGAAGACAAGAAAGAAGCAGAAAAGGACAGUACUUUUGAUAUUAGCACUAUUAAAUCUGAAGAGAAGGAGAUCGAAAAGGUCAGUGUCGCAGAAGUCAAGCCUGUCAAAGACGAGAUGGAGAAAGAGGCAAAGGAGGACGAUACGUCUGUCAUAAAGCCUAUUGAAGAUGAGAAGAAAAAAGAGAUAGAAAAGGAUGACACAUUUGAUAUCAAACUGAUCAAAGAUAAAGAGGAGAAAGAGGUAGAAAAGAUUGAUACUGCUGGUACCAAACCCAUCACGGAUGAGCAGAAGGAAAAGGAGAAAGAGGUGGGUGAUACCACUGUUGCUAAACUCACCAAAGAAGAAGAAGUGAUUAGUAAGGAUGAUACAUCUGCUCUUGCACACACCAUGGUAGAAGAAAAGGAGCAAGAGAUAAGUAAAGAUGUUAUCUCAACAAUUAGCCUCAGUGAGGUGGAAGAAAAGGAUAUAACAACGAGUAAAGAUGAGAUUCUUGCUGUCGAGCCAAAAACAGAGCAAGAAAAGGAGAAAGAGAAAGAUGAUAGCAUGGACACCAAACAAGCCAAAGAAGAGGACAAAGAUGUGAUAACAAGUAAAGAGGAUGUGCACGUGUUCAAAACUAGUAUAGAAGAAGACAAGAAAGAUGACAUGAGUAAAGAUGUCGCAGCUGCUAUUGAACUCACAAAGACAGAGGAAAAAGAUGUUCUUCCAAGUAAGGAAGAUACUUCUGCUGUUAAACCAACCGUUGACGAAGAAAAGGAAGAAGAGGAAAGUAAAGAUGAUACUUCUGCUCUCAAACUGUCUAAGGUAGAAGAAAAAGAUGUUCUUCCAAGUAAGGAAGAUACUUCUGCUGUUAAACCAACCGUUGACGAAGAAAAGGAAGAAGAGGAAAGUAAAGAUGAUACUUCUGCUCUCAAACUGUCUAAGGUAGAAGAAAAAGAUGUUCUUCCAAGUAAGGAAGAUACUUCUGCUAUUAAACCGACAGUUGGCGAAGAAAAGAAAGAAGAGGAAAGUAAAGAUGAUACUUCUGCUAUCAAACUGUCUAAGGUAGAAGAAAAAGAUGUUCUUCCAAGUAAGGAAGAUACUUCUACUAUUAAACCGACAGUCAUUAAAGAAAAAGAAGAACGGGAAAUUAAAGAUGAUAUUUCUUCCAUCAAACUGACCAAGACAGAGGAAAAAGAUGUUCUCCUAAGUAGGGAAGAUACUUCUGCUAUUACACCAACAGUCAUUAAAGAAAAGGAAGAAGAGGAAAGUAAAGGUGAUACUUUUGCUAUCGAACUGUCCAAGGUAGAAGAAAAAGAUGUUCUUCCAAGUAUGGAAGAUACUUCUGCUGUUAAACCAACAGUCGGCAAAGAAAAAGAAGAGGAGGAAAGUAAAGAUGACACGUCUGCCAUUAAACUGACCAAGGCAGAAGAAAAAGAUCUUCCAAGUAAGGAAGAUACCUCUGCUAUUAAACCAACCAUCAGUGAAGAAAAGGAACAAGAGCAAAGUAAAGAUGAUACUUCUGCUGUUACACCAACAGUCAUUAAAGAAAAAGAAGAAAAGGAAAGUAAAGAUGAUACUUCUGCCAUCAAACUGACCAAGGUAGAAGAAAAAGAUGUUCCUCCAAGUAAGGAAGAUACCUCUGCUAUUAAACCAGCAGUCGGUGAAGAAAAGGAACAAGAGAAAAGUAAGGAAGAUACUUCUGCCAUCAAACUGUCCAAGGUAGAAGAAAAAGAUGUUCUUCCAAGUAAGGAAGAUACUUCUGCUAUUAAACCAGCAGUCAGCGAAGUAAAAGAAGAAGAAGAAAGUAAAGAUGAUACUUCUGCCAUUAAACUGACCAAGGUAGAAGAAAAAGAUGUUCCUCCAAGUAAGGAAGAUACCUCUGCUAUUAAACCAACCAUCAGUGAAGAAAAGGAACAAGAGAAAAGUAAAGAUGAUACGUCUGCUGUUACACCAACAGUCAUGAAAGAAAAAGAAGAAGAGGAAAGUAAAGAUGAUACUUCUGCAUCUAAACUUACCAAAACAGAGGAAAAAGAUGUUUCUCCAAGUAAGGAAGAUACUUUUACUCUUAAACCAACCAAGGUAGAAGAAAAAGAUGUUCUUCUAAGUAAGGAAGAUACUUCUGCUAUUAAACCAGCAGUCAGCGAAGUAAAAGAAGAAGAGGAAAGUAAAGAUGAUACUUCUGCCAUCAAACCGACCAAGGUAGAAGAAAAAGAUGUUCUUCCAAAGGAAGAUACUUCUACUGUUACACCAACAGUCAUUAAAGAAAGAGAAGAAGAGGAAAGUAAAGAUGAUACUUCUGCUAUCAAACUUACCAAGACAGAGGAAAAAGAUGUUUCUCCAAGUAAGGAAGAUACUUCUGCUCUUAAACCAACCAUCAGUGAAGAAAAGGAACAAGAGAAAAGUAAGGAAGAUACUUCUGCCAUCAAACCAACCAAGGUAGAAGAAAAAGAUGUUUCUCCAAGUAAGGAAGAUACUUCUGCUAUCAAACCAGCAGUCAGCGAAGUAAAAGAAGAGGAGGAAAGUAAAGAUGAUACUUCUGCCAUCAAACCAACCAAGGUAGAAGAAAAAGAUGUUCUUCUAAGUAAGGAAGAUACUUCUGCCAUCAAACCAACCAAGGUAGAAGAAAAAGAUGUUCUUCUAAGUAAGGAAGAUACUUCUGCUAUUAAACCAGCAGUCAGUGAAGUAAAAGAAGAAGAGGAAAGUAAAGAUGAUACUUCUGCCAUCAAACCGACCAAGGUAGAAGAAAAAGAUGUUCUUCCAAGUAAGGAAGAUACUUCUACUGUUACACCAACAGUCAUUAAAGAAAGAGAAGAAGAGGAAAGUAAAGAUGAUUUCUCUGCUAUCAAACUUACCAAGACAGAGGAAAAAGAUGCUCUUCCAAUUAAGGAAGAUACUUCUGCUCUUAAACCAACAGUCGGGGAAGAAAAGGGGCAAGAGGAAAGUAAAGAUGAUACUUCUGCCAUCAAACUGACCAAGAUGCAUGAAGAGCCUAUAAUAGUUUCUAAAGCUGAUGAUUUCUCUGCCACACCAACCAAGGUGGAAGAAAAAGAGCCACUUAAGGAUAUUGCCAAACCAGUCACUGAAUCAGAGAAGGAGCAAGAGGCAAGUAAAGACGUUAUUUCUUCUGUCAAACCCAUCCAGAUGGAGAAAGAAGAUGUAAUGCUGAGUGAAGACCUGUCCACUGUCAAAAUAUCUGAUGAUAAACUGAGCAUGAAGGAUGAUCUCUCUGUUGUUAAACCCACCACACAAGACGAGAAGGAGACAGAAAUCUAUAAAGAUGUUUGUGCUGUCAAAUCAACGACAGAAGAAAAAGACAAAGCAAUGGAUAAGGAGGAAACCAUCACUGUCAAACCAUCCAAGGAGGAAGAAGUCACAAUUCAGGAUCAUAGUGUUGCUAUCAAAUCCAUCGAUGAGGAAAAAGACAAAGCAACAAUUAAGGAUGAAAUUCCUGAUAUCAAACCUGCCAAGGAGGAGGAAAGCAAAGACAUCAUUGGAGUAAAACCAAUCACUGAUGAGAAGACUGAAUUGAAAGAUGUUACACCUGAUGUAAAACUCUUCAAGGAGGAGGCAAAAGAAACACAGAAGGAUGAAACUUAUGAUAAACAGCUUGAGGUUAAAGAUGAAAAACUGGAAAAGGAGAAAGAAAAGAGUGAUAUUUCUGAAUCUGUGUCCAUUAAGGAGCAGAAGGAAAAGGAUGUAGAAGAUACUUCUGUCAAAACCACAAAGGAUGACCAGGAAGUUACAAAAAGUGACAUUUAUGACAAAGAGGUUGUAACACCAGAGGCAAAAGAGACAGAAAAAGGUGACACCUCUGACUAUAAACCGGUUUUGGAGGAAAUUAAAAAGAAAGAGACUGAAAAAGAUGACACAAAAACUGUUGAGCAUCCCAUGGAUGUGAAAGAGAAAGAGCAUAAAGCUGAAACUGUUGCAGAGGAAAUGAAAGAUGCGGUCAAGCAGAGUAGUGAUGAAGCCAAAUCCAUCAAAGAAGAAGACAAAGGGGAGCCUAAAGCUGGUGUAUGUGGCACAGACUCCAUUUUAGGACAGGAGACAGAAAAGGAAAUGUACACUCCCACAUACAGCACAAAAGAUGAGAUUAAAGGGAAAGACGAUUACCCUUUUGAGCCUGAAUUGAAGACGGCUGAUAAAAAAGAGGUAGAUCUUCCUGUAGCUCAGACCUUGGAGGAGGAAAAGACUAAAAAGGAUCAUAUUGGUGAGAUUAGUGAUAAGCAUACACAUGAAGAAUCCUCUGAUAAGCUUACUGGAGCUGAGAAAGAUCAGGAAACGUCUGGUGCUGCAUCAGUAGAAAUGCAGAAAGAUUCUUCUGUAACAGCACAUGAAGACCUGAAACCAGAGAAAGAUAGCAUGUGUGUGACUCUUUGCGACACCCAGCAGGAGAAAAAAGAAGACAAAGAAGCUAUGGUCAUUGUUACUCAAGAUGAGAAGACGGAGAAAGAAAAAGAUGACGCACAUGUUGCCGAACUCAGCAAAGAACAGAAAAUGGAAAAAGAACAAGAAAAAGAGUAUGAAACUGAAGAUAUCAAAGAUGAAAAGACAAAAUCAGAACUGGAUGAAAAAGUAAUUAAAGAAAGUGCCAUUUCUGAGAUGAAGACAGAGGAGGUCAGUGAGAAAGAAAAGUACGACUCCUCUGAUGUCAAAGAGGAGAAAUGGGAGAGAGAAGAGCUACAAGAGAAAGACCUGGACAAAACCAUUAAACAACCCACACAGGCAAUAACAGCAGAAGCAGCGAUGGCAUCCAAGUCAGAUUACAAGCCUGCAUUUGUGGUUCAUUCCUCCGAUGAAGACAGGGAAGAAGAGGAGGAGGAGUACAUUUGUAUGGGAGGGGCGGGCUCCAGACCUUUGUCAGUGGAGCCGAGAAAAUCAGACCAUGAUAUCUCCUCUGCAGGCCUGCCUCCACCCCAAACUCCACAGACAAGUGAGCCAACUAAAGAGUUAACACCUGGACAGACCACAGUAAUCAUACCUACACUUACAAUGCAGGAGCCCUCUAUUGAUGAAGACAUCAAAGAGGUUGGAAAAGAAGAAUUCAGACUCACACCUGUAGUAGACAAAGAUGUUUUGAAAACUGAAACCAUACCUACACCUCUCACCAAGCUGGAGCCAUCCUUUGAUAUCAUCCCAUCAAAAGAAGAGGCUACCUCUAUCACAAAACAAGAACUAGCUUCUGAUGUGGUAGCCGCAAAAGCAGAACCAAUGUCAGACUCAGCUGAGAAAAAGCCUGUGCUGUCAGCAGUACCGAGCACUGACAGUCAAACCAGAAGCUGUACACUUUCAAGCACUGAGAGCCAGUCCAGCGUGGAGGAAACACAACAGACAACGUCUCAGAUCAGCUCAGGAGUCACUCCUAAAGAAAAGACACAGCUGGAUGAGAAACCAGGCAAGGAAGCAGAGAGGGAGAUGGAGGGAGAACGAGAGGUGGCUUCUCCAGGAUUAUCACAGCCUUGCUCAUAUUUUACGUUGGAUAAGGACUCUGAGGAUGCUGGCCAUGUUGAUGUUGUAAAAUCAGACUCCGCGAAAAAGGAGAGUGGUGAUAAAAUAACAUCAGAGAAGGAGACUGGCAUUGGAAGCCCACAAGACGAACAGCAAACCUUUGGUGCAUCUAAAUACGAUCCAUAUGAAAAACCCAUCCCGAGAGAUCAUGAUUUGGACUCAAGAGAAGAAAGUGAGGUUUCUCUUGGAUUUGAUCAUGCUUCAGACAUUGGUAUUGAUGAUAACAGGAGGACAAGCCAGACAGAUGUCGGAGAUGCCCUGUUCCUCCUGGACGAUCAUUACAAAGAAGAGCCACUGUCCUUCAGCAGAGUCGAUUAUAGCCCAGUCUCUCUCACAGAGAGUGAAAGAAGCAGCCACCACAGUCCAAGUGCCUCCCCGAGAUAUGAAGACAGAGAGAAAGGCCAAGAGGAAGAGAGCGAGAGAGAAGAAAGACCAGAUACACCUUACGUGGACAAGAGCUUUUCGUCUAUAGACAUGCAAGACAACAAAAUGUCCCUAGCAGCAGAGUCCUUUUCCAGUCCAAAAGAGGACAAACCGGAAAAAUCAGAGAAAGAGAAAGAAGACAUGAUAGAAGGUGCUUCAGCCUUUCCAACAGGAGAAAGUGAGCAAGUUUCUACCAGUGCCACUACUCAUUCAACAGGCCUAUCAUUAAGACAAGAAACACACUCUCCCUCGUGGAGCCAAUCUCCAGAUCUCACUGCUCAAGCUUCGGCUUCUCCUGUACCUUUCGGAGAGUUCACAGAAAAGAAAGCAGCAGAAAAAGAGAAGGAAAAAUCUGCUGAGUCACUGAAGGACAAGAAAGAGUCCUCUGAAAAAGAGGGCUCUCCAUCUGGUCGGCACUCACCGGCAGAAAAAGACAUUUUACCCCAACAGGCAUCACCUUGUGAACGUGAAGAAGCAGCGACUGAAUCGAGAACCGCCCCUGACACCACAUUUGUAAGACGUGACAUUGAUGAUAAUGUCCUUGCCUCUGACAAUAGUCAAAUAAGCAGCUCUGCCACUUGUAAAUCCAUGUUAGACUUCCCUGAAGGAAAAGAGAGCUUCAUAGAUAAAAGGUUACUUGUAGAGGGGGAAGACUUCAAUGUUGAUGACGAUGACGACGAAGAUGAGGACGAGGAGGAAGAAGAAGAAGAAGAGUUAAGUGAUGUAGAUAUGGAGAAAGGUGCCAGAGAGCAGUCUGAAAAAGAAAUGUGCAGGCGUAGCACAGAUGAUGGUGCUACGGUAGCAGAGCUAGAGGACUCCAAUAAAAAAUCUCCUGAAUCAAGUUUCCCUAAAGGGGAAACCAUCUGUACAGCAAAACCUGAGGACGCCUCAGCUUCUAAAGUCACAGACAAGCAGGAUUUGAGUGAAACAUCCCCAUCUCCUGAAACAAAGCCUCUUGAAAAGGAAGAUAAAGAUAAAAGUGCUUCAGGUGAUGCAACAACAUCCAAACUUCCUGAGACAAAGAGUGAAGAUUCAAGCAAAACAUCUCCAAGUGCUCUCAAGAUGGACGACAUCUGUUUGGCUCCAUCGGAAGCGCCAAAACUUCCUGAAACAAUGAAAGUAGAUGACAAAAAGGACGACAGCUGUUUGGCUCCAUCGGAAGCACCAAAACUUCCUGAAACAAAGAAAGUAGAUGACAAAAAGGACGACAGCUGUUUGGCCCCAUCGGAAGCGCUAAAACCUACUGAAACAAAGAAAGCAGAUGAAAAAGAAGCAAUGCAUUUGUCUCCUGAGUCAACAACAACGAGAAGGUUAUCAUUUGUCGAGGAUAUCCCCUCUUCUCUAGUAAAAGAGACAAAGAGAGGAGAUGAAGGCGAAACGUCUCUAUCACCAGAAGCAAGCUUUUUGACUAAGGAACCUUCUCAAGCAAUGGCCACAAGCAGCUUGACAGGCAGUUCUGUCCCAUCUGACCAUGCAGAGUCCACAUCCAAGCCCACAUCUAGUCCCUCCCCUCCAAUGACAGGAGGAUAUGCUGAUAUUGGACAGAGCAGAUCUGGAGGAUAUUCUGAUAUUCAGUUAUACAGUGAGGACAGUCAAGUAGGUUCAAAGGAUGAUAAGAAAGAAACCUUUGUGCUUUCAGAUGCCUCCCAGGUAUCCAAGUUAAGCGAUGAUACAUAUUACCAAAGAGACAUCCAAGAAGAACAUGUGGAUGAGAGGCAGACUGCAGAAAUCACCACAAAACAUGAGGAAACUACCUCAUCAGCUUGCACAUACACAGCCUUGACAUACUCUUCUUCAACAUCUUACAGCCACUCAUCAUCUGCCUCAACUUCUGUCCCUUUAAGCCAACAGUUUGGAGACGAAGUUGAAAUGUUCACGUCAAUAUCGAGCUCUUCGGCCAAAAAGGAGCCAUCGUUCAUGACUGAGUCUACAAGCUCAGGCUCUGGAGGCCUUCAGAGAGACGAGUACAUGGAGGUGACGAUGAAGCCUGCCACUAAAGUGUCUUUACCGAGUCAGUUUGACGAGACCAAACCGUCAUCUCCAGUCUUGUCUACCACUGCCAAACAAACUGCGGAUCAAAGCGGUUCUGCUAAGCCAGAAACAGACACAAAGUCAACCACUGAUAGUUUUUAUAUGCUAGAAACGAAGAUUUCUACAACCACUGCAGCAUCAUCUCUACAGAGUACUGAACCAGUAAAACUGGCAGAGAGUUUAUCCACGUUAGAGUCUCACUUUGAUGUCUCUCCCCUCCAAAGGGCUGACUCCCCUGACAGGGGGUCCCACGGCUCAGCAGAAGACGAGGAUCCUGAUCAUCUUGAAAUGGAGGACAGCACCCUACCAUGUCGUAUUGAAUGUCAUAAACUCAAAAUGGCUGAACGAAAAGAGACUCAGUCUUGUGUGGUAGAAAGCACCACACACACCACAGAGACAAAGACCGUCACCAUGACCUCUACCACCAUUGUGUCUGAACCUGAAGAGGUGAUACAAACAACUCAGACAGCCUCAGUUACUCCACCAAGUGAUAGUGGAGCUAGGGAAACCUCAUGUGCCAUAGCAGACCUGCCCAAAACAGAAGAAGACAAAGAGAAAAAGGUGAAAACACCUGAAGUAAAAGAGGAGAAGACAAGCGGAGCUAUUGCACCUCUCAAGGAAGAUACAAAGGUGUCAGAAAAAGAAACAAGUGAAAAAGAUGAAAAGAAGGAGACUACAAAAGACAUUGAAGUCAAGCAGAAAAUAGAAACUAAACUGGAAGAAAAGAUGUGCAAAGAAAGCACAGAAGAGAAGAAAACAACAGCUGAUCCCAAGAUGAGUGAAAAAGUGGAGGUUGGAAAGAAAGGAGAAGCAGAAAAAGUAGAGAAAAGCUUGUUGGACACACCACCAGAGAGAUUAGAGGUAAGGAGAAGGAGUAGUAUAUCUGAUUGGGAGCUACUACAGAGGCCUGAUGAUUGUCCAAGUGCCCCGCCACCAGGUUAUGGUGAUGAUGAUGAUGAUGAUGAGGAUGAAGAGGAAGCAAUGGAAGCAAUGGAAUGGAUGGUCAGUGUCCACGGCACCUCCACACAAGAGACAUAUCACACAGACACAUCAAGAAUACGAGAUGUAAAGGCUGAUCGUCCCUCCGACUUGCCUGCCGGAGCCACCUCCUCCUCUUCCUCCCCUCCAGGUUACUCCUCCUGCGAAUAUAAACAUCGCAAAGGUGAACUGUCUCCAUCUUUCAUCAACCCAAGUCCCCAUCAGCUCUCCAGUGACGACGGCGAGGAGGUCGGCCGUAGCGACCACUCCCAGGAAGAAGACGAGGACGAGCACGGGCAACAUUCCGUGAAAAGGAGGUCGCACAAGCAGAGGCGCCACCACACUCCAAGUUACACUGGAGACGCCGGACAGGGGACACACCAGCUGUCCGGUGCCACGUCAUCUGGACUGGGUGUGACGUUAGCUGGAGAGGAAACACCACCAACAUCGGUUAGCGAGUCGUUGCCUUCACAGUCGGACUCUGACGUCCCUCCAGAAACUGAGGAGUGUCCGUCAAUAACAGCCGAAGGAAAUCUGGACUCAGACGAAGACGCUGAACAUCUACCGGUGGACAAAUUGUCUGCUUCUGGAGCUGGAGGGGGCCACCAUCCCUCAUCGCCGAGGUCAUCUCAGAGGACUCAUGAUCCCCUCCCCACCCCAAUGAAGGACCCUCUUCCACACCCUCCCCACCCAGAUGUGUGCAUGGUAGAUCCAGAAGCUCUCCUCAAUGACCACAGCAGCACGGAGAAACUUCUCAAGAAAGAGCACAAGACCACCAAGGGACUCAGAAAGGGUAAACCCAAGUCGGCCUCUCCUGCUCGAAAGGGAGAAGCCAGGAAGAGGUCCUCCACUCCGGUCAAGCAGACUUCUAAAGACUCCCCCUCGCCUCGAUCAGCCUCCCUCAGGAGGAAGGACACAGACAGAAGCUCCAGGUUGAUCAAGAUGUCCGAGACCCAAGGUUCAAGGAGUGAGAUCCUCAACCCCGGGAAAGGCUUGGUCAAUGGAGUGAAGAGCAGUAACAACUCACAGAAAGCUAGUUCUGCCGUCCCUCCUGGACCACCCGUCUAUGUCGACCUGGCCUACGUGCCCAACCACUGCAGUGCCAAGAAUGUGGACCAAGAAUUCUUCAAGAGAGUGCGAGCUUCGUACUAUGUGGUUAGCGGAAACGACCCGAGCAGCGGGGAGCCCAGCCGUGGAGUCCUAGACGCCCUGCUGGAGGGCAAGGCUCAGUGGGGCUCCAACUUACAGGUGACUCUUAUCCCGACCCACGACACCGAGGUGACCAGGGACUGGUACCAGCAGACCCACGAGAGGCAGCAGGACCUGAACAUCAUGGUCCUUGCCUCCAGCAGCACCGUAGUCAUGCAGGACGAGUCUUUCCCUGCCUGCAAGAUCGAGUUCUGA